CCAAAAUAUUAGUGCAUUUUUGUCUUAUACUUUUAAGAUUUGACACACAUUAUCUAGGACGGUGACUAACCGAUUUGUAGAGAUUGUCUAGACAGCUAAGUGGAUAGAAAAGUUUAACCUUAGCAACAGCUUUUUUGGAUAAUCGGCGCUCGAAGUGGGGGGCAGGGAAAAGGUGGAGGUGAAGGAGGAUUCGGGGGUGUGGUAAAUAAUCUAAAGCCUUUGCAUUGCGUGAUUGAUAUGGAACAUGUUCAAACGUGACGAGCAUUGCGUGACGAGUGGUUAUAAACUAAACAGAAUUCUCGAGAAGUUCAUAUUCCAUCGUAGGUGGUUGUACAUUAAACAAAUCAAACAAGGAAACCUCGACCGUUGCAUGUUUCAUUCUUGUGUACUGAGCCAAAGGAUUGUUGCGCGGGGGUUAUAAAACCAUGACACAUACUGAGAUAUAUUACGAUUAGGUUGCGAGAUCAAAGAUUACCCAGCUAAAAACUGAACAUAGUUGAAAUAAUGAAUGGGAGAGCGUUCGUUUUGACCAUAAUGAGUACAUGUAAAUCUAUGAUGACAUACGAUGGGACUACCAGAGUCUAGCAUGUAGUUUUAGUUCGCUUUGAACUGUAGCCACUAUAAGUGCGACGCGAGACAACUAGACAAUGGACAACACUCACGGAGAUCCAUAUCGAGUUUCAUUCAAAUUCUCCCAACCAGAGCAAUGAUUGAGACUCAAACUGGUAAAGAGAAAUGCUAUGUUAAAGAAGAGGGCUCUAAUGUAACUCGAGACAGCGAAGGUCGCAGUAUUCCUGGUGUAAAUACUCUGUUACAAUUGGCCGCCGAUUUGGCAAGUGUGCCGGUGACAGCUGAAACUAGUGUUGUUUGGGGUAACUUCAUACAAAGUUAGCAAGGUCACGUCAACGUCAUUCAAAAGAAAACAUAGUUGUUUUGAACAUCCAUCGCGCAGUUCUCGAGUCUGUAAAAUGGCAAGCCGUGAAAAUCUACCCGAUAUCCUGAACGAGUUCUUCAAAGCGAUUGAUGAGAUGAAUAACACAGUAUUGGUGCCCCAUCGACUCGUGGACAUCCCAGAGGAGAACGAGCUUCCAUCUGGAAAGUGCCAAUGCCCGACAUCGACUGAUAAUUCUUUGGUCAAGCCUGGAAAAGAGUUGGAAGAUUCAGGGCUAUUCGGAACUUAUCACAUGCUUCUAGAUAUCAAGGAAGAGUUGACGACCGGGAAGCCCACGUCGGCUGAGGGAUGCUUCCGUUCGCACAUCAAAGCCGUAAUGGAAAGCAUGAAAUAUCUUACAGGGCUCGCAAGAUCCCUGACCCAGAAUUAUUGUAACGAGGUAUACAGAGGAGGCGAAGACAACUUUUUACGGCCGAAUAGUUUUUCGUUUGAUACGUUGGAAGAUCUACGCAAGCAGAAUGGUGCAGGGCAGCAAGCCAAAGAGGCAUCUCGAUUAGGACAUAGAGGAAGACAACGGUUUUCUUCGAUGUAAGGUGUUACUAUAUAUUGACAAAUGUUACAUGAUCGAUCGUUUAAAUGGAACCUGAAAUUAUGGCGAAAGGAGCUCCCAUUGUCUUUAGUGACAAAACAUAGGACAAACCACGAUGGCAUAAUCGUUCUUUCGCUGACUUAUAAUUAGACUUGUAAAGGGCUGCAUUUCCACGAAAUAUUCAAAGAUCUAGAAAAAAUUUCUCAAGGUUUUGCCAUGUUGGUUUGGCUUUAAAUUCACCGUGCGUAGGCAUAGAAUAUUUGGUAGCGUAACGUAAUCAUGUAUUUACAUCGGGUCUAAGACAAGUGGAGAACCUAGUCUGGGACUAAAAGUUACGUAUUAUUUAUUCGCAAGUGCAAAGCGUGUUUGAAAAUCGGAAUCUAGGAUACUAAUGCUGCUAAAAAUUCAAUAUUGUGUAAAAAUUCCUGUUCGUGAUCAUCAAUAAAUUUCCUGCAAAACUUGUUUUG